AGUGUUUAUGGAAGACAAAGGGAGGAAGGUUUCUGAUGCGAUUGAAGGAUCAGAAGUAGCAUCAGAUGUUGGCGCUAGUCCAGGACAUAGCUGUACAAGAUUGAGAGCAUCGGAGAGUGCCCUCUUGGGGUCUUCCGUGGGAACUGAUGCUUCACAGGCAUCCGAACUGACUGAUAGCGAAGAUCUAGCCCUAUCUUUACCUACUAGCUCAGCAACACUUCUUCCAGUUGAAAUUAUAAUAGAAGACAAAGUUACUCAACUUCAUGCAGAUGCCUCGAAACUAGCAAAUGAUCCUGAACGAGCGAUUCUUCUUCUCAACAAGGCAGUCUCUCUAAGGCCUUCUGUUGCUCAAUAUUAUGUUGCCAGAGCUGAGAUGUUUAUUCAACUGUGUGAUUUUCGCUCUUCCAUUCUCAAUCUGAAAAGAGCCCAAACUCUGGAUCGACGCAAUCUCGAUAUUCACGGCAGACUGGCAUUUGUCUAUUAUUUUUAUGGUCAGAUUCUUUUCGACCAGCAUCUCUACACGGAUGCUCUUACUUUAUUUCAAACUGCAGCAAGGAUGAAACCAGAGAGCAUUAGCUAUAACGUUCGAUCUAUCACAUGUUUGGCGGCACUCGGUCGUCAUGGCAGCUGUCUUGAUUUGGUGAACAAAAGAUUAAGAUUGAAUGAAGAAAACCCAGAUCUUUAUGUCAUGAGAGCAAAACUUCAGCAGAUGUUUGGAAAUAUCACACAAGCGUAUUUUGACAUCUCUUGUGCUUUGAAAAUAGAUUCCCAUCAUUGUGAAGCAAAAUCUAUGCUAACGGUUUUUGUGGAGAAAGCAGAAGAGUUAAGAGAUUCGGCUGUUCAAGAAAGCCUAUUAGGCAACAUGAAGGAAUCCAUUCAGAAGAUCACUUCUGCCAUUGAAACGAAUCCCUCGAAGGCUAGUUAUCAUACCUUGCGAGGUGCUAUUCAUAGACGACAGGGAAACUUUGAAGCAGCAAUUGACGACUUCCUAGUGGCGUUAGACAAGUGUGGUGAAGUUGAAGGAAUGAAGGUUGAUCUACUCACCAGCAGGGAAGCAUCCAGACAAUUGGUGCUAACCUAUAAUGAUUUUGCAGUCGAAUGUUUUACCAAGCAGUACUACAAUGAAGCUGUUGUGUUACUGAAUAAGGCAAUUAAAGCAGAAAAGGAAGAAAAGGGUUUGUUUAUCAAUCGAGGUGACUGUUUCUACUGUAUGCGUGAGUUGCACUUCAGUUUGUCUGAUUAUUUACAAGCAUUAGAAUUGGAUCCUAAUGAUGUGGAUGUCCGUUCCCGAAUGUCAGUCAUUCACUGUGAACUAGGAGUCGAUGAAUUUGAGAACAAACACUUUGAAAAGGCAGCAGAACAUUUCAGUACUUCUAUAGACAACAAUCCACAAAUCUCAAGAUAUUAUGUUUGUCGAGCUCAUGCACGUUAUCUUAUGAAUGAGAUGGUAGAAGCCCAGGAAGACAUUGUACUGGCAUUGCUACUAGAACCAGGAAAUGAAGAAGCUGGUCUUCUCUUUCAGAGACUGUUUCCUGGACAAACAUUAGAUAGAGUAGUAAGAAAAGGACUGACAAAUAUUGAAAGAUACAAGCAGAUUCUGACUAAGACUCAGCAACCAGGAAGACUGAACACACAUUCGGUUCCUGCACUCAGUGAUGAUGGAAAAGUAACUGCAGCAGUCCAAGACCUUGUGACAUCUCUGAGUUUCAAAUUGGACAGCCACAGCAGUCAUAGCCUUCUUUCUAUCACUGAUGGAUCCCAAUCACAAGUUGUAGCUUCCAUGACAACAGUGAGCAAACCUAACGUUGAUGAUGGAAAUGGAAAUGACAUGCAACAAAAGUUGGCGAUAGUCCCUCUUCCAGUAAAUGUUAUGCCUGAUCUCAGGGCAUGCAUGAAGGAAUCUGAGUUUCAUGCUGAAAUCUACUACUCAAAGAAGAGAAUGGACAAAAUGGUCCAACACCUCCUUUAUAAGAGGGAGAAGUUGGAUUAUUCUGGACCAAAAAUAACAAGCAGACUACCAAUUUCAUAGACCAUUCAACAGACUAAUGCAGUUUAUAUGGUUCUCUGUUAAGUAAUAGUAAAUAAACGUACUUUACAAUAUAUACAGUUGUGAGGUGAAUAUAUAUAUAUCAAUUCG